AUGUUUGGACACAUACAGCCCGGUCCUCCGGACCCCAUGUUUACCCUGAAGAAGAACGCAGACAACGAUAGGAGUCUCGAGAAGAUUGACCUCGGUGUUGGAAUAUACCGAAACGAAGCUGGUAGUUAUCAAGAGUUGGAGGUUGUGAGACAGUACGGAACAACGACUGGAGAUGUGGAAUUCCUCCGUCUCGCAGCCGGGGUCAUGUUCGGUGAACGCAAUGACGCUCUGAAUUCAGGAAAGAUCUCAUCAGUUCAGACUAUUUCCGGUACAGGAGCCAACUCAUUGGGCGCUCUGCUGAUUUCCAAGACCAUGCAACCGAAACCGAAGGUUUUUAUUGGUGUACCGACCUGGGGCAACCAUGUUCCCAUUUUCCAGGAAGUUGGGUUGGAGACUACCACGUACCCUUAUCUUGACUCGUCAAAACACGCUGUCGACUUUCCUGGCUUUCUUGCGGCCGUAAGAUCGGCUCCUAGGGGAAGCGUAUUCGUGCUCCAGGGCUGCUGUCACAAUCCUACAGGUGUCGACCUCAGUGUCCAGCAGUGGCAAGAGUUGGCCAUCGAGAUGAAAUCUCACGGUCAUCUGCCCUUCUUUGAUACGGCCUAUCAGGGACUUGGAGAUGGCCUCGAUGAAGAUGCUGCUGGUGUGCGAGUCUUCGCGGAGUCAGGUAUGGAGUUCCUUGUCUGCCAAUCAUUCUCCAAGAACUUUGCGCUGUACGGAGAGCGAUGUGGCGUGCUCCACGUUGUUGGAAGCACAAAAGAUGUGGCGACCAAUGUUCAAGACAAGCUUCGAAGUUUGAUCCGGCAUACGUAUUCUUCAUCGCCAGCGUAUGGAAGCCGUCUGGUCAAGAUUGCACUGAGCGAUAGCAUCAUGCGAGGCAACUGGACUGCAGAACUUGACACAAUGAGAGAACGCCUCAAAACGAACCGCCAGUUACUGCAUCAUCAGCUGACGAACACACCGGGGGAUUGGUCUCAUUUAAUUAAAGAGAAAGGACUCUUCUCGUGCCUAGCGUUAUCGCCAUCCCAGUGCAAGAAGCUGGUGAGUACAUAUCAUGUUCAUCUCCCAGAGUCUGGGCGGAUCAACAUUGCAGGACUCAGUAAGGAGAACGCGCAACGUGCAGCAAGUGCGAUCGAUAAGGUUAUUAGAGCCUAG